UGUAAACCGAUCGUGAUCUAAAUUUCAGGUCUGCGCCGGAAAAAUUUAUCCUGAACACAAAUGAUAUUGCUUGUAAUACGAGAUUUUACUCAUUAAGAGAAGUAUUUAUUGAAUAUUAAUGCUUGCUUGUGUGCGAACAACUCGUUACAAGCAGUGCCCGAUGUAGAUGCCUAAAAAAGGGUCCAUUUUGCGGACUCGAGCAAGCUCGCAAACUGCUCUCCUUUGUGGGCGCUGCACAGUGGGAACGAUGAUUUGUUUACACUUGUCCUUAUGUGACCGGAACAUUUGUGUUUGUUUAUAACAUACAAAAUGCAUUAUGAAUACAUAGACUAAAUAACAGCCAACAAUGUAUGGUGCGUAUUAUUUUUCUCCGAAAAGCAUAAGCCAAAACACCUAACAGCGAUGCUACAGUUGGUGUAUCAAACGAUGGGAAGCAAAAAAGAACCACGCAAAGCAGAAUGUUUUCUAGUUGCAAAGGAUUGCAAAAGACAGUGUCCAACAGCCGGCUGGAAGUUGUGUACAAUCUUAGUUAAAUGGCGAACGAUUUCCCGCUUACAAAAACGAUAAAACAUCCAGUUGGAAUGGCCGCUCAAUGGUAAGGUCAUGCUGCUCAUGGUGGAACCGGUGAAUCCCGGGCAUGUACAGCAUCGGUAGUGAUCUUCUAGUUGCGGGAGUUUGCUUGCUGAUGAUAAACUAUUUAAGGUACGUAGCACAUCGCUUACAUUAUGACUGAUUUGCCCAUUUGUUUUAGUACAGCAGGGGAAAAUUUCCAAAACAGCAAGGACUAGCAGGAGCCCAGAGCAGCUUCAUUCUACAGGGAGUCGUCUCAAUUGAGCCAGAGUAGGAGCGAGCAUCUUUCACUCACUCGUGCUGCAAGUGUGCAAUGCAGAAAUGCUCCACAGAAAUUCAUUUUACUACCGUUUUGUGCUUUAAAUGUGCCCGCUCUAUGCCGGCUAGUGAUUCCAUUUGCGUCCGAUUUAACUCAAUCUCUCGGUCGUUCCCAGGAGCUUUAUGCUUCUGAAACGGCUGGUUGAGUUAUCCUUGGUGAUAGUUUUCCCUACUGGUGUGUAGAUUAUAUGACACAACUGGCACAAAAAUUCGAUACAAAUCGACCAGGUCACUACACACGUUUACAGGCAUCGAAUGUAACAUGUGUUACAACCUGCUGGAAUGCGUUGUAACAUCUCGUUAGCGUUAGCUUUUGUUACCACUGGCAUCAUGGAGCCUUGUAGAAACGUUUGAAGUUUAGCGGUGCAGGGAGCAAACCCUUCGAAGCCCUUCUUGACAUUCCCAUUUAGCAAACUGGCUAUCCAAGACGACGGUGACUAGUGAGAAGAGACGUUAGAAGCAAAUCGUGACUAUUGGAGUGACGUGGCAAUUUUGUGUGGAGCGAAUAGCGAGAGCAUCGUAGAUCCUUCGCAUUGCGGCUCAGGAAUUAGUUAAUCGGCUUACGCAAAUCCACUAAACUGCGCCAUUUGCAUAGAAGCAAUCGGUUUUUGUGAGGUCCCUGUUUUUGCGGCGUCCAUUUGCUGCUGCACAAGUGCUUACAGAAAGGGGGUUGAUUUUGCACACCUUGGGGGCCAUUUUUUUUUCACCUGCACGACCCGUCAGAGGGAGCACGCCAUUGCCGUGUGAAAACGUAGAGAACUUUGCAAGGGAAAAACGCUUCCGAAUCGCGCUGCCAAAGCAAAAAGCAGACCAAAAACCAUUUGUGCGAGUCGCAGUUUCCGUGUCGGAAGCAUGGCUGACAACUUCCUGCGCGCUGGCCCGCAGCGGCUGACCCACUGUGCCGAGGGAACGCUGGUAGACGGGAAGGACAAUCGGAAGGCGGCCGAAGUUUGCGUGGAAGGGAACGCAAUGCAUUACGAUAACGUGAAGCGCUACAUGGAUGCGGUCAAGCUGUACAACAGGAGCAUCGCGUACUCGACCAGUGGCUCGCAGCAGCGGGCGCAGGCGUACUGGGAGCGGUCGAAAGUGUGCGUGAAGCUGUACCGCUACGCCGAAUGUCUGCAGAACAUCCGGCUGGCGCGCGACACCGACGUCCCGGGGGUGCUGCGGCGAAAGCUGGACAAGGCGGAACAGAGCGCCCGGCGCAUGCUGCUAAGCGUCACCGACGACGCGACGCCCGGUUCGAGCCGGCACGGGGCGGCCCCGCUCAAGCUGAGCUUCCCCGCCUACGAGAAUGCGCCGCGCGUCGCCAACUGUCUGGUGAUGCGGCGGAACCCCCGGUACGGCCGGUACCUGGAGACCAACAAGCCCCUGAAGGUGGGCGACGUGGUGAUUAUCGACGACCCGUACGCGUCCGUGCUGGAGCCCGAGUUUUGCUACGCCCGGUGCGACCAUUGCCAGCGCCCAGCGCCCUUCACGCUGAUCCCGUGCGAGCAUUGCACCAAGGCGAUGUACUGCUCCAAGGCCUGCCUGAGCAUAGCCCGCACCCAGUACCAUGGGUUCGAGUGUGCGCUGGUGCACCAUCUGGCCGAAACGACCGGCGACCCGCUCGUGCUGCUCGCCUGGCGUGCCGUCGCCUGGGCGAUCGGUGCCUACCGGUACGACCUGCGCUCCUUGAAUCAGCGCAGACACUUGCUCUCCCAGACCGAGGUGAAUCCGCUGCUGCUCGACUGGGUGGACGGGCGGAAUACCGCGUUCAGCGCGGUGCACAUCCUGGCGUCGCUCGCCCGAGCCUCGAACGAUCCGGUGGAGGCGCGCGCCGCCCAGCUCGCGAGGGAAAUGCACUGCCAUGUGGUGGGCAAAACCGAGCUGACCGCGAACUACGACCCGGACAGCGUGCCGUACCAGUGGGUGGGCGAGAUGUGCUACCACUUCCUGAAGGUGAUGCAGUGCAACGCGCGCCGUGCGCUGCUGACGCGGCGCGACGAGCAAGAGGGCCGGUACCGGGCGGUGCCGUUCGCGCUGCGCUGCUACCCGCUGAUCAGCCUGCUGAACCACUCCUGCGCGCCGAACGUGAAGUGCUUCGAUUUGCGCGACGGCCGCUGUGCCGUGGUCGUGAUCCAGCCGAUCGCUGCCGGGGGCCAGCUGUUCGUCAACUAUGGGUACGACUACUUGCAGACCGGUCGGGACGAGCGCCGGGAGGGUCUGCAGCGCGAUUUCGGCUUCACCUGCAACUGCAGCGCGUGCGAGAACAACUAUCCGACCGCCGAGCCGUUCCAUUCGAAGCGCGUGGAUACAAUCCUGCGUACCCGGGACGUGCCGACAGCCACCCACUAUAUGGCCAAGCUGCUUGCGGAGGUGAAUGAAGGCGUCGGCGAUGGCAGGGUGUCGCACCAGCAGUUGGCCGAGCUGGAGCGUUACUUUCAGCUGCUGUACUGCGAAGUUUUGAAUUGAGCCGGACAUUGGACAUUGUUGGACGCGGGAAGGAGAACAUUCAUUUAACUUAUUACUAGCUUAAAGACGCAGCAGGAGACGAUGACGAGGGCUGCCUUCAACGGUGCCUUACGAUGCGAAGAUUCGAGGAUAGAUGCAUCGCUAAAUUUGUUGUUAACGGCAACUCAAUUGCUCAACCGAUAGCCAAUUGCUCAACUUACCUAAUUGUAAUCUAACUGAAUACACUGAACUUUUAGCUAAUGCUGUAAUGCCAUGUAAGGAGGGUAGUUGAAUAAAAUUGGUCCCGUACUUUCGACGACCAUCUUCAUCUUUGCAA